GUGGAUAGGAAAAGAAUUCAGUUGGUAAAUAGCGAAGCCACGUCAUCAUCUCUUCUGCAACUCUCCUGCAAAAUUUGCCUUUGCAUCAAAGAGAAAGGCGAGUAAUCACAGAGUCGACGGAAAAUGAGCAGCACAUCCACAUCAUCAUCAUCAUCAUCAUCAACGCCGCGGCCGAGAACGCGCGUCGGUAAGUAUCAGCUCGGGAGGACACUGGGACGAGGCUCCUUCGCCAAGGUCAAGUUCGCCACCAACACCGAGACCGGCGAUCGAGUCGCCAUUAAAAUCAUCCAGCGCGACCAAAUCCUCCAUCACAGGAUGGUCGAGCAGAUUAAGAGAGAAAUUUCCACGAUGAAGCUCAUCAAACAUCCCAAUGUCGUCAAUUUGGUUGAGGUUAUGGCUAGUAAAACUAAGAUUUACAUUGUUCUCGAAUAUGUUGACGGAGGUGAACUCUUUGAUGAAAUUGCUAAAUAUGGAAAACUUGACGAGAAUAGUGCUAGGAGAUACUUUCAACAGCUCAUUAAUGCUGUGGACUACUGCCACAGUAGAGGUGUAUACCAUAGAGAUCUCAAGCCGGAGAAUCUCUUGCGGGAUUCCUAUGGUACUCUUAAAGUUUCAGACUUCGGAUUGAGUGCAAUUUCAAAACAAGUUCGGGAUGAUGGACUGCUUCACACAGCCUGCGGCACACCAAAUUAUGUGGCACCCGAGGUGCUCACGGAUAAAGGCUAUGAUGGCACUUCAGCAGAUGUAUGGUCUUGUGGGGUUAUUCUUUUCGUCCUGAUGGCUGGAUACCUACCUUUUGAUGAGCCCAACCUAAUGGCUUUAUAUAGGAAAAUUCAAAGGGCAAUAUUCUUUCUCCCUUCAUGGUUUUCAUCAGGUGCAAAAGACGUGAUCAAGCGUAUCCUGGAUCCAAAUCCAGUAACUCGAAUGACUAUUCCUGAAAUUCUAGAACAUGAGUGGUUCAGAGUAGAUUACAAGGCACCUCAUUUUGAACAGGAUGAGGAUGUAAGCCUUGAUGACGUUGAUGCUGUCUUCAGUAACAAUCAAGAUCUUCUUGUCACAGAAAGGAUAGAGAAGCCAGUAUCGAUGAAUGCCUUUGAGCUGAUAUCUCGGUCCGAAGGUUUCAGUCUUGAGAAUCUGUUCAAUAAGCAGACGGGGCUAGUAAAGAGGGAAACUUGCUUUACAUCAAAACGACCCCCGAAUGAGAUAAUGACGAAAAUUGAGGAAGCGGCCAAGCCUAUGGGUUUCAAUGUUAACAAAAGAAACUAUAAGAUGAAAUUGAAAGGUGAUAGGACAGGAAGAAAGGGGCAGCUAGCUGUAGUUACAGAGGUAUUUGAGGUGGCUCCUUCAUUGCACAUGGUGGAGCUUCGUAAAACCGGAGGCGACACCCUCGAGUUCCACAAGUUUUACAAGAACUUCUCGUCGGGUUUAAAAGACAUUGUCUGGACUGGUGAAUCAAAUUUAAAUGAUGACCAAGCCACAGCCACCUGAACACCAAUACCAAAUUAUGCAUACAUAGUUACCCAUUUCUCUACUCAAACCUUUACUCUUUUAUGUUACUCUCCGGUUUCAUUUAAGGAGUCUUAGUUUGACUCGACACGAAUUUUAGUAAUUUGUUGAUUGUGUAAUGGGUGGAAAUAUGUAAAUGAAAAAACGUUAGCAGAAUAUGAAUGGACUACGUUAAUAAAA